UGCGUGUGUGGAUAGGUAUCACAGGUGAUUACAUAGAUUAAGGUAUUUAAAUACACAAAAAUGGACAACAUUUCUCUGUUCACGUUGAAAGGAAUUAAACAAUAACUACAGAUCUUCUAUACUACUAUCAAUUACAAAGGCUGUUUCAAUCAACAAGCGAAGGAAUUUACUUUUAACUAAAGAAAUAGAUUAAAAAUGAAUGACUGUGGUUAUGGUAAUAAUAUGACUUUUAUCAUCUACCUACCAAAUGUAGAAACCCUCCGAGUGUGACCAUCCAACCCCAGCCUCCAUCUGGGGGUAGUAUAAGGGUUCCAUCCCUUGCCCUCUGUCCCUGAUUCGCCAGACACACAUUCUGCACUGCUUGGUUCUCGCCGUCGAGUUCUGCUUGUCGUAACGAAGGACAUAUAACUUCAUUGUCUGGAGGCAAAACAAAAUUAUUUGAAGAGAAAACAUUUUUCCUCCAGAAAACAGAUCAUUCCUGAAGAUUCUCCUACUAUGGGCUUCAAAGCCAGUGCAGGGUCCCUGAGGAGCAAGAUGGAGUCCAUCCCGAAGCCCAUGUGGAUGCUGAUCGUCUUCAGCGCCAUCGGCGGGUUCCUCUUCGGGUACGGAACUGGGGUCGUCUCUGGCGCCAUGAUCCUAAUCAAGAAAGAGAUGAACCUUUCAACGCUAUGGCAUGAGAUUAUAGUGUCAGCCACCAUAGCGUCAGCUUGGCUGUCAGCCCUGAUCGCUGGACCUACAACCAACAAGUACGGUCGACGUUAUAUCAUCCUGGCAGCCAGCAUCAUCUUCCUCCUGGGGACACUGAUCACAGGUUUUGCCCUGGAGAAAAUCAUGCUCCUCUUCGGCAGAAUUAUUGUGGGUUUGGCCAUAGGACUAAUUUCCAUGGCUGGGCCGGUCUACCUGAGCGAGUCCUCCACGGCAGAGCAUAGAGGUUGCAUCACCAUUAUCAACAACCUGUUUAUUACAGGGGGCCAAUUGGUCUCUUGCAUCGUCUGUGGGGUGUUCUCGGGCGCCCCCCACGGCUGGAGGUACAUGCUAGGACUUGGGGCACUUCCAUGCGUCGUGCAACUGGCUGGAUUCUCCUUCAUUCCAGAGAGCCCUCGAUGGCUAGUGGCCAAUGGAAGGGUUCCGGACGCUCGCAUGGUUCUGGCCAAAAUUCGACACCCCGAUGCUGACCUGGAAGGAGAAUUGGAUGUCAUCUCAGCUGCUGUUGUAGAUGCCAAAAACCAAAAAGCCACCAUCAGGGAAGUCCUGAGGUCGGCCCCUGCCAGGAGGGCUCUUCUGAUUGGAAGUCUCCUUCAGCUGUUCCAGCAGGUGACUGGGAUCAAUAUCGUCAUGUACUACAGCGCCUCUAUCAUAACAAUGGCCGGGUUACGUAACGAGUCCUUAGCCAUAUGGCUGGCAGCUGCCGUCUCCUCCAUCAACUUCUUCGGCACCUUCAUCGGCCUGUGGCUGGUGGACAGACUGGGGAGGAGGUUCCUGAUCGUGACGUCUCUCAUAGGAUCCGCAGGAGCGCUCCUGCUCUUGGCCCUGAGUUUCCAGGCAGCCAGCGUUUUCAGUCCUCCUGUGGACGUACAGUCUAACUCGACGGCAUGUGGAGUUAAUACGUGUGGCGAGUGUGUCAAAGAGGAAGAUUGUGGUUACUGUUUCUCUGGAACAACAUAUAACUUUCACAAUUCGUCUUGUGUUCUGGUUGAUCACCACUCACAUCAUAAGUUAAGUCUUGAAGGGGACUGCGCCAAUUCGACACUUGUAGCGGAAAACGAAGUGACAUUUGCCUAUGACUGGUGUCCCACUGAAUACGCUUGGAUACCUGUCGUAGGAUUAGCACUGUACCUGCUGUUUUUCGCACCGGGAAUGGGGGUCAUGCCCUGGACUGUGAACAGUGAGAUCUUCCCUGGAUGGGCGAGGUCAACUUGCAACAGUCUCACGACUGCUGUUAACUGGGGCUCCAACCUUAUAGUUUCCCUAACUUUUCUCACGCUGACUGAGACGCUGGAUAAACACGGUGCAUUCUACCUGUACAUGACCGUGGCCAUCAUUGGAGUCUUCAUCUUCUAUUUCUUCCUUCCUGAAACCCGGGGCGUUCCUCUCGAAGAAGUGGAGGACCUCUUCACAGGACCCCUCUUGGUCAGGUCACCUUCAGGAACAAAGUAUAAACCGGGAUUUGAAAACCAGGAAUGACGUGACAGCAUCUAGAUUACUUUUUACUUUGUUCAUCAACUGUUGGGACCCAUUUGAACAUUUUCAACCUGUGAUUUAGUUUGCUGUGACAGAUGCUCAGGAAUGCUCCGUAUUUUGUAACAUUGAUAAAAGACACAAGGAUCAUUAUGUUCCUAUAUUACACAAGGUCAGAAGUCAUCAGUGUUAUGAAUCUCAUCAGACUUUAAAUGCUGUAUUUCAUGCAUUUCAGAUAUAUUCGGGACUGACUUAGGAAAAUGUCAUGUAAAUAUUGUUUUUUUUAUUAGUAUGUAAAAUUUACACAAAGCUUGAGGUAAUGUGUAAGGCUGUUAACGAAUCAUUUGGUGCUGAGUUAAGCUUUCUAAAAUGGAAAACAUUUCAUUGUAUUUAUUAUUAUUUCAUUCAUACUUUUGUUUCAGUUUACAAAUAAUUACUAGCAGUAGUUUGUUGCUGCUGUGUUCACAGUAGAGAAAAAAAAAUUCCUUUUGUCGUGUUGUUGACAGUUCAGAGUUUGUAACGAAAUGAUAAUACAAUAUUAAGCGGAAUCAGUCUUAAUUACGUUUUGAAGUUAAAAUAAUAAAAAACGGGAUUUUUUUUUUUUACUGUCAUUUGAAGUUAUUGUCAUUACGUUCGUGAUUGUUAUUAUCAUUUAACCGACAUGUACUGUAUUUCUAUAUAGUAAUUAUGUUUUUACCUUUUUUGUUUUAUGUAAUGUCAAAGGUACAACUUUGGAACCACUAAACACUGUAUUUUUGGCACAAUGCGCAAGUCAGGCAAAAUUUUGGAGGAAAGUGUUGAGUCAUUAAAUGUAUUUGGAGGUAAAAAUAUAGAAACAAAUUAAUGAAUGAAUAAAUAAAUUAGUUGAUAAAUAAAUAAAUAGAUAGAUAAACUUGCAACUGGUGAAGAGUACCGGGAGAUAUAUGAAGCCAUUGGUCAGAUGAUUCUUCUGAAAUCUCGUGAUUGGUUCAUUUUGGUUUUACCCUCCCUUCUUUUUCCCAUUCCCCCCCCCACCCCCCUCCCCCCCACAUUCCUGGCUAACAGCUCAGCUGUGGCAGUGAACAGAGACCGUCCUCUUGUCUCCAAAAGUCCAAAUUACUCAUACGGAUCCAAACGCUCCCCGAGAUACGGCUGUCUUCAAGUGGUGCCAAAAAUACUGGCUUACAUUCCAUAAUUCAGGUAAUUUAUAGUGCCCGUUUGUAUAUCAGAUGUCUUUUUGUAGACCUUUGCAAAGCAAUGCAGUGGUGGAUACAGUGCUAGCUUUUAACUGUAGCAGUUAAACAUUAAAGGCUGUUUGUUUUUUUG